AUGGGUGUCCCUCUCAUCGACCACCGGUUGAUGGAGGAGAUCUGGAGCACGCAGCGUCGCCAUCUCCGCUGCAUCCAGGAUCCGCCGGGAGGGGCACUUUACGCAAAGACGGGUGAGAUGAACAGGGGCGGCGUGGUGCUCUCCGUCUACCGCUGCGCCCGAGGCUCCACUUCCCUCGAGUCCUUCCACCUCCACCUGUGCCAGUUCAUUCCAGGAACGUCUGCCAACGCACUCCACUUCCAGCUGUACCUGCUGGAGGGCCUGGUGCGGUGGAACGAGGACCGCGCCCGAGCUGCGGUGGCCGGCGGUGCCAAGUUCUCCACCGCCCGCUGCUACGACGCCCAGCUGCUGAGAAGCGUCAACAGGCUCAGCCAAAAGUACAUGGGGAAGACGCUGGUGGAGAACUUCACGCAGCCUGGGGAGUACACAGGGGAGCUCAUCGGGGUGGAGUACCUCUACUCCCAGACAGGCGACAGCGCUCUGCAGUUGUACUCGGUCCAGACGGACACGGCGGGUACCAGCACGUUGUACGGGCAGGUGAGGGAGAUAGGAGCUCUCUGGCAGAAGCUGUCAGACAGGGACAAGGCUCCUAUCUCCUUCCCCCCGCGGCACCAGAAGCAGCUGACCAAGGGCCGCUUCAAAAGCCGCGGCUCCGCAACAGACACCACGCCCGGCGUGGACAGCGUGACGCGUUCGUAUCUCGGGCAGGGCGGGGGUGCUGCACAGUCUCCUGAUGCCAGCAGGUUGCUGGAAGCCGUCUUCGUGGAGCUGUGCCGCAUUCACCACGAGGGCCGUACCCUCGCCGGGGUCCGGGUGAACCGCUGGGGGGCCAUCCGGAUGGACUACUCCCGGAUCAGGGAGAACCUGUACAACAGCCGGGAGCUGUUAAAAGCUGCCCAAUCCAACUCCUGGAGGUCAACCAGCGGACCUUCUGCAGUGAAGUGAGAGGAGCAAGGAGAGGAUGGUGGAGGUAGUGCGCCAGGGGAUGCCGGAGCCCAGCACUCAGCAGUCUGCAGCAGAGCCGCUUCCUCCGCCCAGGGCUCUGCUGCAGGAGCCUCUGCUGCCUGAGCGGCCUCUCGCGCUCUCUGAGGCAGAGAACGCCUCUGGCCAGGCGGUCACGCGGAGAGGGCCCCUGGCACCGGGGCUUUUCAACAUCCUGGCCAUUACAGCCCACGCUUCCACCUCUGCUGCCCACGCUCUGGCCUCCACGUCUGCUGCCCACGAUCGAUUACUGGUUAUCUUCAUGUCUUUUUAACGAGGAGUAAACAUGUGAGGAGCUUAUCUGUUGCAAAGUUGCUUUUGUAUACAAUUUCAGACAGGAACUGUUGUUUUAAUCCAACAUCGGAGUGAUGUGAGGUUCAAACCGGUUAUUUCGGUCAUGAAUAUGUCUGGCAGCAACAAACUAUCCAUCCAACCAUUCAUUCGUUUUCUGCCACUUAUUUGAAAUUACCAUUAUCUACUGGGGUUAAAGGUAUUAUCUAUGUACUGUCCAGUGCACAAAGAAUUAAUUAACUGUGGCUUUACAUUAAGUUCCACUGCUCAUCUUUGCCUCGUGCCCUCGAGCAGGAAAUAUUUCAGGCAAAAAAUUCUGAUGGAGAAUUAAUUCUCUUAUUGAUUUAAAUAUUUGUUGGCUUCACAGUCGUAUGAGAGUCCGAACCAGAAUAUUAAACCCUCCAGAUUAAUAAACCUUGCAAAUUGACCUCAAUGUUCCCGGCCUGUAUUCCCCAUUUUGAAUUUCACAUUGUUUGUCUGCUGUUUGCUCCCAGUUACCGAUAACAAACCAAAAUCAAUGGCUUAGCAGUCGUCUAUAAUCAGUGCAGUUGAUAACAGUGGCAGACACGAUGGGGUUGAGUGUUGACGGCGUCUGCUCUUUCCUAUUGGAUGCAAAUGUGACCUUUUCAAAUGGCAGGUCAAACCAUUAUUUUCUGUGCGUGUUACUUUAUUGAAUCGCCUGAAUACAGGGAAAGAGUUCACGCCAACUCAAAGACACAACAAAUAUUUGCACCAGCACCAUAAUAAGCAUAUUUGAAUAUUUGCACUACUGCACAAAUUGAACAUUCACUU